AGGGAGUGGAGGAGCCAGAGUUGAGAGUUUUAGCAGAGGCACCGGAGUCAAACUUUUUUCUCCUAUAUUUUCCACAUAGAACUAGGACGUCAUGAUUACUUCUAAACUUCCCAUCGCUCUUUUUCUCAAGCGGAAGUGUUUACCAAUGGCCUGGUAACGUCGUUUUAAUGAGAAUAUGGAUGGGUUAUGGUAAAAGAAGGACGUAAAACUUUUCCAUCGCCCGUCCCGGGGCAUCACUCUCACAAUGGAACGCAGACAGGGAAAGCGCUCCGGAGGGUGGCCCGUUCUGAGGCUGUGUUUUUCCCUGGCGUGCCUCUCGAGUGCGUCCGCCCAGCUCAGUUAUUCCAUUUCGGAGGAACUGAAACCGGACUCCGCCGUCGGGAACAUCGCUAAGGAUUUGGGUUUAAGCAUUGAAAGGAUAAUUCAAAGAAAAUUACGCGUCGUUUCGGAAUCUAACGCACAGUACUUUGAGGUAAACCAGGCGACCGGUGAUUUGGUCAUUAGGCAGACUAUUGACAGAGAACACAUGUGCGAACUUAGCCUAACAUGUUCGUUACAUCUUGAAAUUGUACUUGAGAAUCCUUUACAAAUAUAUCGUGUUUUGGUGGAAAUCGUAGACGUGAAUGACAAUGCUCCGCAGUUCUCAAACAAGAACAUUUCCUUGGAAAUAUCUGAAGCAGCAGCACCGGGAACCCGCUUCCGAUUGGAGAGUGCGCACGACCCAGACGUGGGUAUCAACUCUUUGCGCACUUAUCACCUUGCACCGAACGACUGUUUUGUGUUGAAUGUGGAAACAAAAAGUGACGGUAGUAAAUUUCCAGAGUUAGUAUUGGAGAAAGCGCUGGAUAGGGAAAAGCAGGCCUCGUUUCGCCUGUUGCUUACUGCAGUAGACGGGGGACAGCCGGAGAAAUCAGGCUCGACCAUUCUGCUCAUAAAAAUUCUAGACGUGAAUGACAAUGCACCUGUCUUUGACGAGCCGGUGACGAGAGUCAACCUGUUGGAGAAUGUAGCACCGGGCACUUUAGUAACGAAAUUGAAUGCAACGGACGCUGACAACGGCCUGAAUGGAGAGAUAUCGUUCCUUUUUAGUAAAUACACGCCUGAUCGCGUACUCAAGCUCUUCAGUGUGAAUUCUAAAACCGGGGAGAUCAGUGUGAACGGUGACGUGGAUUACGAGGCAGCUAAUGUUUAUCACAUCACAGUGCAGGCCAGGGAUGGAGGAACCCCCGCCAUGGAGGGAUCUUGUAACGUUAUAGUGGACAUCACUGAUGUCAAUGACAACACCCCGGAGGUGACAUUGACAUCAGUGACCAGUCCCAUCAGAGAGGAUGCAGCUCCUGGCACGGUCAUCGCUCUCAUUAGCGCCCGGGACCUAGACUCCGGUAAGAACGGUGAAGUAACGUUAAAGGUACAACAAGGGCUGCCAUUUAAACUAAACUCCGCCUUCGGGGAGCACUACAACCUCAUCACCGACGUCAACCUGGACCGUGAGAACGUCCCGGAGUACACAGUGGUCAUCAUGGCGUUGGAUGGCGGCUCCCCGCCCCUGUCGUCACAGACAACCUUCGUGGUUAAGCUGUCGGACGUCAACGACAACGCUCCUUCCUUUUCCCAGCCCUCCUACUCGGUGGACGUACCUGAAAACAACGUCCCCAGCACCCCCAUUGCCGUGGUGACGGCCUCGGACCCGGACGUGGGGGACAACGCUCGCGUCUCCUUCUCCAUCCUCCCCAGCCUGGUGCAGGGAUCUUCAGUGUCCUCCUACGUGUACAUCAACCCUGAUAGUGGACAGAUCUACAGCAUGCGCUCCCUGGACCACGAGCAGCUCAACGCCUUCCGCAUCGAGGUGCAGGCACGGGACGCCGGUGCCCCUCCCCGGACCGCCAACGUCACCGUGCACGUGUUCGUGGUGGACCAGAAUGAUAACGCCCCUAUCAUGGUCCACCCCCCCUUCCUCAAGGACACAGGACUGCAGUUUAGCGUACCCCAGUCGGCCGAGCCUGGAUAUCUUAUUAACAAGCUGGUGGGGGUGGACCCCGACAGUGGCCAUAACGCAUGGCUCUUCUACUCCAUCACCCCAGGUCCUAAUGCCGGGCUGUUCCGUAUCACUCCCCACACUGGCGAGCUCCGCACGGCGCGGAAGCUGGCCGAGGAGGAGGCGGGCUUGGCUUACGACAUCGCCGUGGUCAUCCAGGACAACGGCGAGCCUCCGCUCUCCACCACGGUGGACAUCAAGGUGACGGUGGAGGAGAAGGGGGCGGGCGGAAGCGAGAAGGCCUCCGACUCGCGCAAGACGUCGAUAAUCUCGCGGCGCGGCGGCAUGACGGACAUUACGCUGUACCUCAUCAUCUCCCUGGCCUCCGUGUCCUUCGUGUCCUUCGUCACCUGUGUCAUCCUCCUGGUACGCUGCCUCCGGCACCGCGAGCCCGGGGGAGGCUCCUGCUGCUGCUACGAGCGCCAUCGCCCCCACCGGGCCUACCACCAGAGACCCAGCAAGGACCUCCACCUCCAGCUCAACACGGACGGGCCCAUCCGCUACAUGGAGGUGGUGGGGGGCUCUCAGGAGCCCAACACGCGCACCUACAGACCCUGCUACUCCACCCUCUCCAGUCGGAGCGACUUUGUGUUCGUCAAGACGCCCAUGCUGAGUCACAAUAACACGCUAAGCAUGACUCUCAACAGGAAGCACCUUAUGAACUCAGUCAAUGAGCAGAAGCCUCCUAACAAUGACUGGCGUUUCAACCAGGGACAGAGACCCGGACCUAGUGGGGCCGCCGGUGGACCUGAGGUUGCCAUGGGAACCGGACCCUGGCCCAACCCCCCUACCGAGGCCGAGCAGCUCCAAGCCCUGAUGGCCGCAGCCAACGAAGUGAGCGAGGCGACCGCCACCCUGGGACCGGGCACCAUGGGCCUGAGCACCCGCUACAGCCCCCAGUUCACCCUCCAGCACGUGCCCGACUACCGGCAGAACGUGUACAUCCCGGGCAGCACAGCCACCCUGACCUCCAACCCCCAGCAGCAGCAGCAGCAGCAGCUCCUCCAGCAGCAGCUCCAGCAGCAGCAGCAGCAGCUGCAGCAGGCCGCUGCCCAGCAGGCCCUGCCCCCGACCCAGGCCCAGGCCCAGAUGGAGCCCCCCAAGGCUGCCCAGACCCCGGCCUCCAAGAAGAAGUCCACCAAGAAGGAGAAGAAGUAGGAUGGCCCGGGCGGAUGGAGGGAUGGGCAGAUUGAUGGAUCCCACCCACCCCAGCCCUGAUCGGGACUCAAAUUCAACCCCCCCCUUACACUCCCUACGCCUCUUCUACUAUGUACUGUUUCAUCCUAAUCAGGAUGUUUUACUGGUCAGUUAUCCUUGGUAAUAAGAUGUGGAUUUUGUCAAGUUUGUCUCUAGGGCCAUUAAGAAUCUGAAGGUGGAAGAGCAAACAGCCAAUAGUUUAUGGUUUUCAUUAUGGAGGCAUACCCAGAAACAGUUGGACAAGAUAACGUGUUUUACUGAUGCAAACGUAUUGCCAAUCAGUUGGUCAGUAAGAAGUGGCUAGGGCUGGGGGGUUGUAUUUGGGUGAAUCAGUGCUUUGAGAGUCACAUAAUACCAGAGUCAAACUAAGAAGAGACCUUGCUGGGAAAACAAGGCUGAUCCUGGUGAUGUAUUCAUAAAUGUGUCAUAUGUAAGAUUUACAAUUCCCUAUUUUCCCUAAGUUGGAAAAAAAAUAGAUUGUUGUUGAUGUAUUCUAGAAUGCCAUUGUCAGGCUCCUGAAGGAUCUGCCCUAUAAUGCUCCUUAGCUCAGAGAAACAUGAGGCUAUAACACAGGUAUCACACACACUCUUGCAUGUUCCUCAUAGGUAAAAAAAAACACAGAUACCGUGUAGGUUAAAACUAUGCAUUGAUGUUUGUUUUGCUAGGAGGAACCCUAACCUUUACCUCCUUACCCAUAAAUACCACAACGGCUAAUGCACCAGUAGUAUUAACCUGACACAAUAGUGUGGGAAAAAAACCCUCUUUUUGUGCAAGCAUAGUAUACUAUAUUCAUUGAUAAUCUCCAGUGAUUUUCUAUGACCUGAGCAUGAACUUCUUGAGGGGGGAGGGAUAUGGGGUGGGGCGAGGGGGGGACAUGUUAUCCCAACAACAGUCUGUCGUCUGUGCAUGUGGCAAAUAGUGCGGGCACUGCCCCUUCUGAAGUGUCACAGAUGGGCACAGACUCCAUCUCCCCACAUUCCGACUCCUCCAGACCAGCUUCUGUGCCCCCCCCCCCCCCCUCACUCAUUAUCCCACUCAGAGAGCCAAACAAUAAGAUGCACUGUUGUUAUUCAGAUGAUGACAUGAUUUAAGUGGUUAAUCACUUGGGAUUAGAGGUAGGGAACUUGUAGAUCAUUAAUGGACUGAGUUGAGUUAGGAGUUAGGACACAUCUUAGGCCCCUAUGGGUAUUUCCCUGUAAGCCGUCCUGAAGUGCUGAUUAUAUUUCUUGAAGUGAGAAGAUAUAACGUUUUUUUCUUUGUUUUUCGAUGACUUUGUAGGAUAGAGGAGUUGUUCAAGAUAUGAAAGUGUUUUCCUUUUUCUGCCGUCCGUGUCCAUCAGGACUCCACUGCAUGAAGAGGCAGCUUGCAGGCUGGCUUUAGGGGGGACAGAGAGGGCAGGGCGAUGGGUACACCGUCUGGGUUGGCAUCAUAAUCAUUCACAACAAGGGGGAGGGGGAAACAACCAUGGCUCUACCCAUUGAAUGUACAGAGGCCCCAUUGUAGACCCAUCCAUUCCCACACCUUAACUUCCUCUAAUGCACUGACCCAAGUUAGAGGUUGACAGAGCCAAGCACAUCUGUCUAUGUCAGAGUUGGAUAUACCACUUCACACAGAGAGUGGGGAGGGGGGACAUCAGCUCCCCUCACUAACCCUCAGUUGAAAUCCAGUCUCUGAAUGCUAACCUCAGACUGUACCCUUCACUCCACCACUGCUCCCUGGUCCUGUGAAGGCUCUUCCCCACUGUAAAUAAACACUAAGUAAAAGUCCUGUCGAUGGUACAGUAUGAGCCAGUUGUUUGUAUAGUAUGGACCACACCACCAUUUACAAAAGAAAAGUCCCCCUUCCAAAAGGCGUGGCUUACUACUGGAAUGUGUUGCAUUUGUUUUUCAAGAAAAAAAAUGAGAAAACCACUUUGAAAAAAAUUACAAUGCAAAUAUCUGAAAUGUUCUUCAACAGUUUUGUGUUGCAAUGUAGUACCUUAGCACCAUGAAAGCCAACUAACUCUUACUCAGUGUAAAUAAGAAUAUUAAGACAAUAACUUUAGACGAUAAGUAAAAGAGUGACACGCGUAGACUAGUUAACCUGUGAUAUGUGUUGCGCAUAUUUUUGUGUUUAUUAUUUCUCUAUCUCUUUCUCUCCAUUUUAUCACCCUGUAAUGAAAUGAAACAAAAAGUAUACUGAAAAUCUUUCUAUCCUUCUGUAAUCUGAAUUAUGUUAUUUUUUCUGUGAAGUGCAUUUGUGAAAGAAUGCCUCUCUCUUUCUCUCUGUCCAUAUGAACAAAUGAUUAUAAAUAUUAUAUAUGUCCAUCCAGCAAACGCUGGGCUAAUAUUCUAUCCUGCUGUAAUAUCUUUCUUAUGAAACGCUUAGACCCCACGCAACCCCCCUCCUGUGUUAUUCUCUUAUUUUUAUGCUAAUAUUUAUAUUGCUGUUUUAUUUUCUCUUGAACACUGACAUUUCAAAUAAAAAGUUCUGAAAUCAUUCAAAA